GGGGCUGCCAACGGCGGCGGCCAGUUCUGCGCCGCAUCCGGAGGGGCGGCCGCCAUUGUGCUUCGUCGCCGACUUCUCUGCUGGUAGCCCCGGAGGCCGAGCGCACCGAGGAAGGAGGCGGCGGUGUGGUUGCGGCGGGCCCGACGCUCCCUGUGUGGAGUGCCAGCUGGAGGAGGGAAACCUUAAGGAUGGAGUCUAAACCUUCCAGGAUUCCAAGAAGAAUUUCUGUUCAGCCCUCUGGCUCUUUAAGUGCUAGGAUGGUGUCUGGAAGCAGAGGAGCCGGGUUAAAUGAUUCCUAUCAUCCUAGAGACUCUUCCUUUAGACUGGAUUCUGAAUAUCAGUCUACAUCAGCAUCAGCAUCUGCAUCACCAUUUCAGUCUACAUGGUAUAGUGAAUCUGAGAUAACUCAGGGAGCACGGUCAAGAUCACAAAACCAGCAACGGGAUCAUGAUUCAAAAAGACCUAAACUUUCUUGUACAAAUUGUACAUCUACCUCAGCUGGGAGAAAUAUUGGAAGUGGUUUAAAUACAGUAUCAGAUUCUUCUUGGAGGCACAGUCAAGUUCCCAGAUCUUCAUCAAUGGUACUUGGUUCAUUCGGAACAGACUUGAUGAGAGAAAGGAGAGAUUUAGAGAGGAGAACAGAUGGCUCCAUUGGCAAUCUUAUGGAUUAUAAUCACCGAAGUGGUGAUUUCACAACUCCAUCAUAUGUUCAAGAGAGAGUUCCUUCUUCAUAUUCACAGGGAGCAAGACCAAAAGAGAACUCAGUGAGCACUUCACAGCCGAAUUCAUCAGCCACCAGCCACCAGCUGCCUUCUGAGCAUCAGACAGUGCCAGGUUCUAGGGACUCGAGCAGAAGCUCUUUCAGGGCACAUUUUUCUUCAAGACAAUCGGAAUCUUUUCGCAGCAGUUCACACCCUGCAUUUUCAUAUCUUUCAAAUAGAGAUGAAACUCCAACUAUAAGCAAUUCAGAAAGGGUUGGUUCAUCUCAGAGACCAUUUCAGGGAUCUCCUGACAGUGAAGGCCGGCGUACAACUAGGAGACUGCUAUCACGGAUAGCUUCCAGCAUGUCAUCUACUUUUUUUUCACGAAGAUCUAGUCAGGAUUCCUUGCAUACAAGAUCAUUGAGUUCUGAAAAUUAUAUUUCUCCAAGAACCUUGAAUUCACAGCCUCGGAGUAAUGGAGCAUCAUCUUCUGAAGUCAGUGAUGGCCGGGCAUCUGAAGCUUCUCAGGGAUUUAGAUUUCUUAGGCGAAGAUGGGGUUUGUCGUCUCUUAGCCAAAAUCACAGCUCUGAACCAGAUGCAGAAAAUUAUAACCAUGAAUCAGAAGGCAGAAAUACAGGACCGUGGCUGGCUUCCUCACUUAGGAACAGAUGCACGCCUUUGUUCUCUAGAAGGAGGCGAGAGGGAAGAGAUGAGUCUUCAAGAAUGUCUCCGUCAGAUGCACCACCUAGACCUCACAUUUUCAGACGAGAAUCAGAUGAAGUAGUUCACCUUGAAGCUCAGAGGGACCCCCUGGGGGCUGCCGCCAAUAGACCACAAGCACCCGGAGCAGCCCGCAGUGCUUCCGCAGGUGGCUCCGCACCAGAUUUGCCUCAGGGUGGAAGAAAUACAGGAAUCACAGGGAUUCUUCCUGGUUCCUUAUUCCGGUUUGCAGUCCCACCAGCACUUGGAAGUAAUUUGACCGACAAUGUCAUGAUUACUGUAGAUAUUAUUCCUUCAGGCUGGAAUUCAGCUGAUGGGAAAAGUGAUAAAUCCAAAAAUGCACCUUCAAGAGACCCAGAAAAACUGCAGAAAAUCAAAGAAAGCCUCCUUUUAGAGGACUCUGAGGAAGAAGAAGGGGACUUAUGUAGAAUUUGUCAGAUGGCAGCUGCAUCAUCAUCUAAUUUACUAAUAGAGCCAUGCAAAUGCACAGGGAGUCUGCAGUAUGUCCAUCAAGAGUGUAUGAAAAAGUGGUUACAGGCCAAAAUUAAUUCUGGUUCUUCAUUAGAGGCUGUAACUACGUGUGAACUCUGUAAAGAGAAGUUGCAACUUAACCUGGAGGAUUUUGAUAUUCAUGAACUACAUAGAGCUCAUGCAAAUGAACAAGCUGAGUAUGAGUUUAUCAGCUCUGGUCUCUACCUAGUUGUCUUACUGCAUUUGUGUGAGCAAAGCUUUUCUGAUAUGAUGGGAAAUACAAUUGAACCAAGCACCCGCGUCCGAUUUAUUAACCUUGCAAGAACUCUUCAGGCACAUAUGGAAGAUCUCGAAACGGUAAUAAGCCAGAUUCUACUCAGCUUCAGAGGAUGAUUCUGAAGAAGAUGGAGAGCAUAACAGAACAUUUGAUAUUGCCUAACUUCCCUUAAGACAAGUGGAUGAUCUGUGAACAUGGUUAUUGAAACUGGCAAUUACGUAUGAGUAACUUUGUGAGGGAAUGCCUAUUAGAUAAAUUGACUAUAUAUAAAAUGAAUAUAUAUACAUACAUGUAUAAAUGUAAAUAUAUAUUCAUUCUCAAGUGUUGCUGAAUUGAAAUUCUUCAGCUGGACCUUUUAACCCUGGCCAGCAAAUCUCAUGUUUAUAAUAUGUAAUCAAAAGCAGUCUUUUGUUUUAGGUGAGUGGGAAAGCAUUACCCUUGUUUUAAAUAUCUAAGCAAUGCUCAUCAACCUUUUUCUGUGUUAUUUA